AGGGAGGAGGUGGCAGCGCCCCCUUGCGGCGUAACACGCAUUUCCGUGACGUCAAUUCAGCACUGGGAAGGAGACAGCUCCCUCCCCCCCAAAAAACCCAGCGCGCCUCACGUUGCAUGGGUCCCCGGUUAUUGAUAACACAAUUUACCCGCUGGGAUCUAUCCCAGUAACGUGAAACUCGUGGAUAUCGGCGCUGGAAAUACUAGAGACACCCCGGACCGAAAAAAACAACAACGAUCUGCUCAUUAUCGCCGGCAAAUAGAAAGCCGAGCCCACCCCUUCACUUGACAACGCGACAUCAACCAGGCAGAAAGGCUUUCUUCUCAUCUGUCCAUCCUCCAUCCACCCUGACCUGCUGUGUUGGGGAAACCCCUGAUGAGUGGGACCUGUAUCCAUGAGCCCCGUGCCCCUUCCCCCUCCCUGUCAGGCUUCAGUACCCCCAUCUCAGAACCUCCCUAUCGAAGACUCGAUGGAGACACCCCUGCCUGCACCCCUGAAACUGACCUGACCCCCACACAGUGUGUCCUUCGUAACGUAUUGUCCAUUGACACCGGCGGACAGGGAGUGCCCGGCGGAAGCAGCCCCACUCCCAGUGAUGGACCCUCAGCCCACUUUGACAACAGCGUGCUAAAACUACAUGAACAUGAGGCCUGCCAGUGUGGCGGCGGGGCCGAGGCGGGCCACAGUCCGGAGGCUGGCGCUGUUCGGAGCCAGUCGGAGAACAUUCGCCUACAAUCAGGAAGUGGAGGUUUUUUGGAGGGACUGUUUGGCUGCCUGAAACCAGUCUGGACCAUGAUUGGAAAGGCCUACUCCACUGAACACAAACAUAAUCACGAAGAGUCCUGGGAGGUUCCAUUUGAGGAAAUCUCUGACCUGCAGUGGGUGGGCAGUGGUGCACAGGGGGCCGUCUUCCUUGGCAAGUUCCACGGAGAAGAGGUGGCUGUGAAGAAAGUGCGGGACAUCAAAGAGACUGAGAUCAAACAUCUCCGCAAACUCAAGCAUCCCAACAUUAUUACUUUCAAGGGUGUAUGCACCCAGGCUCCCUGUUACUGUAUCUUGAUGGAAUACUGUGCUCAAGGGCAGCUGUAUGAGGUGCUGAGGGCAGGCCGUAAAAUCACACCUUCCCUCCUGGUUGACUGGUCCAUGGGCAUUGCAGGUGGCAUGAACUACCUACACCUCCACAAAAUCAUCCACAGAGACCUCAAGUCCCCCAACAUGCUGAUCACACAUGAUGACUUGGUGAAGAUCUCUGACUUUGGGACUUCAAAGGAGCUCAGUGACAAGAGCACCAAGAUGUCGUUUGCCGGCACUGUAGCCUGGAUGGCUCCUGAAGUUAUUCGGAAUGAGCCGGUGUCAGAAAAGGUGGACAUCUGGUCCUUUGGAGUGGUGCUCUGGGAAAUGCUUACAGGAGAGAUCCCUUAUAAAGAUGUCGACUCAUCUGCAAUCAUCUGGGGUGUGGGAAACAACAGCCUUCAGCUGCCCAUACCGGAGAGCUGUCCAGAUGGCUUCAAGAUCCUCCUCAGACAGUGCUGGAACUGUAAGCCCAGAAAUAGACCUUCUUUCCGCCAGAUCCUUCUUCAUCUGGAUAUAGCGUCAGCUGAUGUACUGUCGACUCCUCAAGAAACAUACUUCAAGUCUCAGGCUGAAUGGAGGGAAGAGGUGAAGCAGCACUUUGAGAAGAUUAAAUCUGAUGGCACUUGUCUCCACCGACUCGAUGAGGAGCUGAUCAACCGACGCCGAGAGGAGCUCAGGCAUGCUCUGGACAUUCGUGAGCAUUAUGAGAGAAAACUGGAGAGGGCUAACAACCUUUACAUGGAGCUCAGUGCUGUCAUGCUGCAGCUGGAGCUGAAAGAGAAAGAGUUGCAGAGGAGAGAACAGUCUUUGGAUAAGAAGUAUCCAGGCUUGUUCAAGCACCAUAGUUCCAGACAGAGCAGCUCCUCAAAUUCCAUGGACAAACUCAUCAAGAAGAGAAACGUCCCACAAAAACUUCCCUCGGGAAAGAGGCCAGACAUUCUUAAGUCUGAGGUAAUCAUUCCCAAAAUGGACUCCUCCGUAAUGCAAGUCACUAUUCCAGCCUGCCCUAACAGGAGCUCCACUUCUCCCAGCCGGUCUCGGAGGGUAAAGACCCGCCAUCGUAAGCCCGGUAAGGGCAGCAGUGGGGACCUGGCUGGACUUAAAGCCAAUCAAUCCUCCCCUAACCGGGACACAACUGCCCAAGUUAACAGUUCUACCACUAACACCUCGAAGCAGCUCCUGGAGCCUUCCGCAGCCCUGCGGGGCCUCAGUCACGAGCAGCAGCAGAGGCAGCUAUCCUCCUCCAGCCCUGACCUCAUCUGCACCACGCUAGAGGCAGACAGCCAAGGAAAAGGGGAGCCCUCUGUGGGUGGGCUGGAGAGAGGAGGGAGCCUUAGUGCCUCUGCCGGUUUAGGGGGUCAGAGGGAGGCGGCCGGUCUGGACGAUCUCACAGAAACCCCCCCACGCAGUGACACUCCCAGCGAGGAUGCCGCAUCGUUCCCGUUCUCCAGCAGCCCGGACUCACCGUGUGGGAGGGGGGCGGCAGCAGGACGGGGCUCUCUGGGAUCUCCACGCCUUCCUCACGACGGGGAAGAUAAAGAGGAGGGAGCAGGUGUUGUGAGGCUGCCCCGGGGAGCAUCAGGUGGAAUCGGGAGUCAGCACCUCACACCUUCAGCCAUUCUGUACAGGGCAGCUAUCACACGCAAACAGAGGCGUGGAGUGUCAUCAGAAGAGGAGGAGGGUGAAGUUGACAGUGAGGUUGAGUUACCACGGAGACGACGCCCGACCAGCAUUACCAAGUGCCAGUCGGUGUCUACAUUCAGUUCAGAAAAUCUGUCUGUAUCGGACGGUGAAGAGGGCCACACAACUGACCACUCUCACAGCGGUACUCCCGAUGUUGUCAGCACUAACACCGACGACAGGUUGGAUGACCGCAGCGACGACCUCCUCUCUCAGGGGUCGGAAAUCCCUGUGGACAACACCGACCCUGCCCAGGCUUCUGAUGGCCUGUCGGAGAGAGACGGAGCUCUGGGCCAGGCCAAGGCUCAGCUGGAUGCCGGGCAGAAUCCUAAUGAGAGUCGAGCCUUGUGCGAUGAUUCUGACUGCGACAGUGCUGAGCUGGAUCAGUCGGGUAGUGGCGAGCUCAGCCGUCCUCCCAGUGCCGGAGCGUGGGCGCCGCCAUCUCAACCUUAUCAGGGGUCUCCACAGGCUCCCCAUACAGGACCUCCAUAGAUCACUGGACACUAGGAAAGAUCCAGCUACUCUACAGUGAGCAACCAUCACAGGCGUACACCGGUCUGUCAGUGCAGUACAUUACUGUUGUCAUGAGGGAUCACACCUACUACACCACUCAGACUAUGACAAGUUGACUUAUGGUGUCUCAUAAGUUUGUUGGCUGGCAAACCUGCACCAGAUGACAUAGGACAUUUGUCAUAUCCUGACUUCAGAUAUUUUGGCAGCUUGUGACAUCAGAUAAAUGUCAUUUAGGUUCAGUAGGGUUUGAUAUUUGUUUUCUUUCAGGCAGGAUAGUUCCAGUUUGCAAAAACCCUUCCACAGAUGCACACGCACGCACAAGAAGAUACCACACUCUUAGUCCUUUAAACACUCUAACCUUCACUCUGGGAGCAUCCUCCAUGGUACUCCACACACUAAUGCAUUAAAUACUAAUGAAUAAUAAAUGUAAAUAUCCAUGACAUACCACAUGAGAAAUAUCUAACUUUAUUUUAUUUGUAAGAUAAAAAUGUAAGACUUAACAGUAUGCAGCCCUGUGAACAAAAUGCAUGACUACAUGUUUAUAAUUUAUGGUUCGAAUGUGUCCGUUUUAUAUUUUGUGAAAGUUUACACUUUUUUAAUCCUGAAAGUAUUAAUUGAGUUUUUUUUUCUCUUUUGUUAAUAAAUGUUAUCACUAAAAAAAAAAAAAAAAAAAAAGAGUCAAAAAUGGAAUGAAAAUACUCACAUUGAUCGAUCAUGAUGCAUAAUUUGGGUUCUCAGUAGCUAAAGUUUUAUUUAUUUUUUAAACCCUCCUACUACUGAGUUUCAGAUACACAUAUGACACACUCAAGGUUUUUAUAGAGUUUCUAAAAA